AUGAUCCUGGGUAGACCAGCCUUCUGGGUCGAGUUGUCCCCCUCCUCUAAAACCACAAGGUGCAGGAGACAGACCGGGGUAGUAGGCAGUCGAAGUGUCUCAGUAAUCGACACCCCGGGGUUCUUCCAUACAGACCUGUCCCCACAGGAUGUCAUGGCAGAGGUGGGUCAGAGUGUCAGUUUGUACUCUCCUGGACCCCAUGUGUUUUUGGUGACCCUACAGCUUGGCAGGUACACGCAGGAGAGAGAGGCCUUGGAGUGGAUGAAGGCGAUGUUUGGGCCAGAGGUAUCCAGGUUUACCAUGGUCCUGUUCACCUGGGGGGACCAGCUGCAAGGCAAAUGUGUCGAGUCCUUCCUGGAAGAGAGUCCAGAACUGUCUGAGUUUGUCAGCAGCUGCCAUGGGGGGUAUCAUGUCUUUGACAACAGCAGGCAGGAAGAAAUGUCAGGGCACUCCGAGCAAGUCAUGCAACUUCUGAAGAAGAUUGACGAGAUUGUUUCAAACAACCAAGGCGACUGCUACAGCAAUGUGAUGAGGCAGAAGGAGAGGAGAACACAGCAGACAUGGAGAGAACAAGGAAGGAGGAAGAGAGCUGAGAGGCUUUUUUGGUGCGAGCUCAUGGCUGCACUGGGCAGAGGCGCUGCGGAGGGGGCGGGCAUCAUGGGCAAGGAUAAAAGCAAACCAGUUAAGAAGGCGAAAGUGGUGGAAAAGGCGAUGGGUCUGGCGGUUUCACCUUUCUUCAUAAAAUCAGCUGCAAAAGUGCUGGAAGGAGCAGUGAAAGAAGGAAGCAAGCUGCCCAGCCCUGCUUGGCCUGUAGACCAGACGAUCUGGGAGUGCAUCUUGUUAGACAAUCAUGAAGGCUGAACUGUAGACUCAGAGCAACACAUGUUCUGUAGAGGACAUCCCAGAGACAGGACUGACCCAUGUUAAGGCUGCCAUAACAGGUAUGAGCUGAGCUAAAGGUU